CCCUAUAAAUGCACCUUCUCCCCUGCUUUUUAACACCAAUCCACCAUCCACUCCCACCCUCCGCAUCAUCUUUCUCAUGGCUGAUCUCACAUUUGGGCAUGUCACAAAAAAACUCUUCAACGCUCUAAUGACUUUUGCUUUUGCUUUAGGAGGAGCGGUCAUUGGAACAAUCACGGGUGCAAUAAAAGGGCAAACCACGGAAACCGGUUUAGUACGUGGUGCGGGUGUGGGUGCAGUCACUGGUGCGAUCACAGCGUUGCAGGUUAUGGACAUGAUGCUUAAUGGCGAACCCUUUUCCAAGGUAGCAUUGUUACAUAGUCUUUUGAACGGGAAAGUGUUCAUUGAAUGGGUCAGUCCGGCUAUGCUUAAAGCUUAUCAAUGGCAGACUAGUGGCAUGGAAACAACUUUUGGUGACAUGUUUGAAAUGGAGAACAAUGGGACAAGAGGGUUAUCUGAAGACACAAUAAAGAGAUUACCAAAACGCGUAUUUGAGAACUCAUUGAAGACGAGUCAAGGAGACGAGACAAACUGUGCAAUUUGCUUACAAGAUUUCGAGAUAAAAGAAGAAGGACGGGAACUACCAAGUUGUAGACAUGUAUUUCACGUAAAGUGCAUCGACGAAUGGCUAAUUAGGCAGGGAUCAUGCCCUAUAUGUAGAAGGGAUGUUUAAACAACCUUACUUAAUAGUAAAAUGAUUACGUAAGGGAUAAGUAUGGUGGUUGCAAACAAAAAUGUUGCAUUUGAACAUAGCUAGUAAUAGUUAUAGUCAUGUGGUUUGGUGGUUGAAUGGAUGUAUAUGAUGGUUACUAGAAACUUUCUAUGUUAUAUCUUGUUUGUAAAUUGGCAUUCACAAGUUUUUUGAAAA